AUGGCCAUGUCUUGUCGGUACGCGGCGCGCAGCUGCGCCCGCCAAUUGCGCUCCGCCAGCGCGGCCAGAUCCUCUGCACAGAUGCUUCGCGUCGCCUCGACGACACGGCGAUUCAACUCGACAGAGGCCGCCCCGACCAACCCCAAGAUCGCCGAGAUUGUCGACCAGAUCAGCCAGUUGACGCUUCUGGAGACUGCCGACCUCGUCUCCAGCCUCAAGACCAAACUCAACAUUCCCGACAUGCCCAUCGGCGGUUUCGCCGCUGCCGCUCCCGCCGCCGCGCCGGCCGCUGCCGAAGAGGCUGAGGAGGCCGCCCCCGCUGCCGCCGAGAAGACGCUGUUCACGCUGAAGCUGCAAGCCUUCGACGCCGGGGCCAAGGCCAAGAUCAUCAAGGAGGUCAAGGGCCUAUUGGGCCUCAGUCUGGUCGACAGCAAGAAGUUCGUCGAGAGCGCUCCCAAGAUGAUGAAGGAGAACAUUCCCAAGGAGGAGGCCGAGAAGAUCAUUGCCACCAUGAAGGAGCUGGGCGCGACGGUUGUGAUGGAGUAG